AUGCAGUACCUGAGCCCAGCGGGCAUCUGCCCAGCUGAGAACAGAGUGCUCAGACGAGCUGAGCCUCCGGCCCCGAUGGACCGGCAAAAGGAGCUGCUCGCCCAUCGCCUGCUGGCAUCGCUCGACUCCUCGGGCUUAGCGGCAGGGGGCUCAGACUCGGCCCGAUCGGCGCCAGCCUCGCCCGAAGUCAGGCACCAUUUUCAGACCGUUCAGGCCGUGCGCAGACAAGCCGUCCUCUUGGCCCUUCAGGCCGGUCUGGCCGGAAACCACGACAACCGAGCUCUCGCUUCACUCAUACAGCCGUCCGGAGCUGCUCGAAUUCAGCCACCACCACCACCACCAGCACCACCAGCACCUCCAGUGCCAACGCCAAUACCGGAGUCGCGGCAACUGCUCGCCUCGUUUGGGCAGAACUCGCAACUGAUGGAGCGACUGGUGCAUAAUUUCAAGCGCGCCCUGGAGCUCUUCAACCUCUGUCUCCAGUCCGCCUCGGUCGGCCCGCCACACGCCCUUCUCGACGCCGGCAGCCGGGACUCGAACUCGCGUCCACGCGCUCCCCUUCCGCUUGCCUCCGGACCAGCUGGCCUCCCGCACCCCCGGCCCUACUUUGCCAACUUCGCCAGCAUCCCCACCCCGGGAGAGCUGAUGUCGUGCGCUCGACUUGGCCAUCUGCUGACCCGCCGGACAGAGGAGGGCCACGGUGUGGCCGGGGCCCCAGCUGAGAUGCUGCCUCGGGCGGAUCCGAGACCGGCGCACUGCGUGGAGACGCUCAUCUCGGCCCCGGACUUU